AGCUGUCUCGGAAUUGGGCUUGGAGGAGGGGGGAGGUGCCUCGUCCCUUAAAAUCCCUAGAAAGUAUCAAACCCUCGCGAGUCCUCUCCGCCACCGCCGCCGGCUUCUCUCUUUCGCUUUAUGCUCUGAUCUUGUAUCUUCUCUCAGCGGGAGGAAUUUGGACUGUUUAAUUUCAGGCUGGGAAAGGUGAUCAUGUCCCUAAGAAGUGCUGCCGAUAUCAUGUGCAACAGUGUUGUCUCAUUAUAGAAGCCAAGCGUCCAUAUCACUUUUUCAAAUUGCUGCAUCGCUCAAUAGAAAUGCAGGACCCGAAAAGCAUGGUCGAUGAGAAAGGUGAAAGCAGACUGUACAUUGGCAAUCUUGACCAAAGAAUCACAGAGGCCAAUGUAAUCAAAAUGUUCUCUCCAUUUGGAAAAAUUGUGUCCGAGGAUUUUUUGUGGCACACACGAGGUCCUAAACGUGGAGAGCCUCGUGGUUAUGCUUUUAUCCAGUAUAGUACCAAGGAGGAGGCACAACUGGCAAAAUCAAAGAUGAACGGCAGGUUAGCUUGUGGGCGCCCAUUGGUUGUCCGUUUUGCCAGCGAGAAGUAUUUGGCAGAGACAGCAAAUCCCCUCAAAACUGCCUGUGAUGCUAAAAUGCCAAGCAUUACAUGCAGCACAUCAGGACAAAUGAGCCGGAGUGCCAAGAUUGCUGCGAUAAAGAAUAAACUGAAAUCCUUGGAAGAAGAAGGCUGUGGCUCGAAGAAACCAAGGCUACAAACAGACGGCACUCCUUGAAUUUGUGGAUUGUUCUUCUAGGGGAUGUCAAGAAACAGACUGAUGUUGGUAUGCUUUAAUGAUCUGUACAAGACACCAGAAGAUAUGCUACCAGCUUUCUCAUUUGCAGAACUCGAGUGUCGUCUCUUCUCAUUGUAUCAACUUCUCGUCUUUCUCCUUGUAUCAGAACAUUAGUUUAGUUGGCACACCAUUCCUUCCUCUUUGCAUGAUCUACAUUCUUUUCUACAAUUUAUCCAUUUUUUUCUUCAGUUAUUUU